GUGUGCACGGAAGGACUCGGAGCGCAACGAGGCUGCCCAUUGUUGCAUAAGGCCAUUAAGGUGUUGGUGUAUUGCGUGACCACGAGGUGACGCCGUCGUUUUCCUCGAGCUGCACAGGGAUGUACUUUGUGACGAAGGAGUGACGCAGCGAAGGACGCAAAUCAUGAAAUGGUGCGAUGCAUCAUUGCCACAAGAUCCGGAAAAAUCGUAGGACGAUUUAUGGCGAGCAGAGCGUGUGCAGCGCGCGGGCAUCGGUGAUGAUAUACGAUGACGUCAAUAAAAAGUGGCUGCCAUCGGGCUCGUCGACAGGCCUGUCCAAAGUCCACAUAUACCAACACACAGUCAACAAUACCUUCAGGGUUGUUGGUAGGAAACUACAGGAUCAUGAGGUUGUGAUCAAUUGUGCCAUACUAAAGGGUCUGAAGUACAACCAAGCAACUGUUACUUUCCACCAAUGGCGAGACAACCGGCAAGUUUAUGGUUUGAAUUUCUCCAGUAAAGAUGAUGCAGAUGCAUUUGCACAUGCUAUGCUUCAAGCACUUGAGGUGCUCAACAAUGGAGGUAAUGUACGGCAAGGGCCCCCACCACCUCCCCCAGCAGCUCCUCCCCAGCAGGUGCAGCAACAGCAGCAGCAGUUGCCACAACAGCCACCCAUGAUGACUCAGCCUCAGCAACAGUCUCAGCCCCAGUACCACAACCAGAUCUACAACGACGAGGACAUGGGGUACAGGUAUGCUGAUCCCCAUGCCUACAACAACCACUACGAGAAAACCUACGACAGGACCUACGACAACUAUCACCAUUAUCAUGAUACGCGGACGAUGACACGAGAAGAUGUAGCUGUGAUGCAAGAGCGUCGCAUGGCUGGUCAACAGAAUAUUGGAGCACCUCCACCACCUCCACCUCCUGGUCAUCAUCGCACCAACUCAGCCCCCAAUGCACCCCCAGCACCUCCAGGACCUCCAGCACCCCCUGGCUGUCCUCCACCACUUCCAGCUGGUGGUCCUCCUCCUCUUCCCUCAAGUGGACCUCCUGCACCUCCAGCACCACCAGUGGGAGGUGGUCCUCCAGCACCACCUGCACCUCCUGCUCCACCUGCAGGUGGACCUCCUCCUCCUCCAGCUCCUCCUGCUCCACCAGCUGCUGCUGCCCCACCUCCUCCACCCCCUCCACCUGGUGGACUAGCAAGAUCUCAAUCAUCAUCAGAUGAACCAAGUGGGUUAGCUAAUGCUUUAGCUAGUGCCAAACUACGUAAGACUCGUGCCCCAGACAGUGAGAGUACUGGCUCCAGCAGCUCUGGUGGCAGCAUUGGACGUGGCUCAGGGGAACGGCCAGGGUUAGGUGGUAUGAUGACUAUGAUGGAUGAAAUGGCUGCCACACUUGCACGACGCAGGGCCAAGAACAAGGACCCUCCUUCCUCUCCCACACAAUCACAGGACCCACCAAGAUCGUCACAAAAGAGUCCUGGGAACACUUCCUCAACAAAUGGCAAGACUGGACCUGAAUCACCCAAGCCUUCGCGAAAGAGGUUUGGCUCCACCUCAGAUGACGGCAGCACCCCCAGAGUCAAUGGCCUUGGAGAAUCAUCCAGCGGUGGGGGGGCAUCAUCAGGAGAGCUGGAGAGACUUAAAGAAGAGAUAAUGGAUGAAAUGAGGAAGGAACUAGAUAAAGUAAAACAAGAGAUAAUUGAUGCUGUCAAGAUGGAGCUAAAUCGAAGAUAAGUGUGAUCCUGCUGUCAGAGAAAUAGGAGCCCUUUGGAAAUAGUGGCAUUUCUCUAGGAAAGUCGCAAUUACAGGGCCUACUUCAUGAUUUAGGGACCACUUACCUUUUCUUAAUAGAGGAACUGAUUUGGUACAAGUGAGGAAAAAACUGUACCAUAUACAAUGCUCAUAUUUUACAUUUAUGUAAAACCCCAGGACAUUAUCAAUUGAUACAUGACCAUUGUUAUUGAAAUGAUACUAUAGUUGUGUUUCCCAUACUAUAUUAUUGACCAAAGAAGGUGUUCUUGGUGCAAAGCACAAAUGACUUGUGCUGUAUUCCACACAAUAGUCUAUGGAACUGCAAGAGGAUUAGCCUGUUUGUGUGGCUGAAAGAAACUUUUUAAUGGCAUUGUGGUAUGUGUGUGUUAACAGGAGAGUGGCCUAUAUGUAGUUGAGUGGUGCAGGGCCACAAGCUGGCUAUCUUGUGCUGUGGAUGGACACAUGACACAUCCUACAUAUUAUUCUAGCUAAAAUAUCAGCAGGGCUUUGAUUAAAAAGUCAUUUUAUAUGUUAUUUGUGAGUUUAAGACAAUGUGUAUCAACAUGGUUUUAGUAAUAUGGUAAGGCCUUUUUGAUUUUAUAAAUAGAAAUUACAUGAAAAGCAAAGGUAUUUCAUGAAGCACUGCUUUUGAAUGAUAUGUCAAGUUUCCAAAACUGACAAAAUGUACAGCUCAAUUGACUUGAUGUAGUCAAAGGUGUAGUGAUGUUAAGCCAUGCUAGGUAUACUCAGUUGUGUUCAGUGUGCUGUUAGUUCAACCAGGCAUCAGAAUGGAUGAAUGUGAUGAUGAUGCUGACCUCAAACUGAUAACAUGGUUUUGAUUGAACUUCAAAAAACACCAGUAUGGACUUGGUGCAUGAUUUGCAUUUCGUAGGAAAGAUAAUUUGUUUAUAGAAUUGGCUUCUUGUCUACUUUUGUACAGCCACACCUCUUAACUCACGUGCUUUAUGAAUGAUUGUAAAUGAGAGCCACACUGCCUAUCCCAUGGUUUCCUCCACAUCAAAUUUUGUACAAGCCCUGCCCCCUUGCACUCCUAAAUCUUAUGUACAUAGUGCCCUCCUCACCCAGGGUUGGAAGGGCAUGUAGGAUCCACUUCCUUGGACCCUCAUAAGCCUUUGCAUUUAGUACAGUGUCAGUUUUCAUACUCUUGCUAGUGUUUUUUAUGCAUUGUCAUGGAAUUAUUACUAUGCCACAUUAGCAUAUAUUAUGAUUAUGAUGGUGAAAAUUGUAUUACUUUUUUGUAAAUAUGAUAUGUAGAUACAGUGGUGAAUGUUAGUGGUAGUGCUUCUGUGGUCUUUGCUCACCUAUGCUGCUGAACGGACUAGACUGAAAUUUCUGAAUUGUGCUCAAUUGCUAGAUUCAUCUCGAGUAAAUUACGUUUUGAAGAUAAGUGAAGAGUCAAUCCAUCGGCACCAUUUACCAAUAGCAGCGUUUGCAAGAAUAGUGUGACAUAUAGUAAUAAGGAGAUCGAUUAAAUGUUAUUGACUAUUAUUUUUACCCCCUUUCCUUAUGAUUUCCUCUGAUUUUUUUUUUAAACUGAGUAUUAGUGAGCACAGUUCAAGAAACAGUCCUGAAGAGUGCAGUUAUCUGUAUGCCUUGCCAGGCUGUCUCUAGACAUGGAAUACCAGGGUCAAUUUGGUAUCUAGUCAAGACUCCAGAGAAGAUCACUGCUGAAGACAAAGUGUCUUUUAUCCACAGGAUGCAUGUUGGAAUUAUGAAUAGCUGAUUAUGCUAUAGGGCUACAAUCUUGACAAAUCUGUGCUGCUUGGUGAGUGUGUUGCAAAAAAAGCAGUUGUGAGUCAAAGCCAGUAUUUUGUUUCAUUUAUUUAUAUAUAUAUUUUUUCGUUUUUGAAAAUGAUUGUAAUUCAAUAUUAUUCUCACUAUCAUUACUAUUUUAUUUAAUUAAAGUACUGUGUAAAAAUAAUGAAGAUUCAUGUUUUUUAGCAAUGCCAUACAUAUGGUGACUAUAUAACCCUUUACGAUCACUUGCAGUGCUUCCAUUUUGUUUGAUGGUAAUGAUGUCUUUGAAACAUUCUCAAAUAUGUAAGGGAUUUCACAUAUAAAAUCUUAUAAUUUUAGUCAUUAUUAUUUUUGUUUAUUGAUUUUAAAAAGCAGGAAUUGCUGUAUAAUGUUUAGUUUUUCCUUCAUUUAUUGCAGAGAAAGAAGAAUGCAAGAAUUUUUUUUUACAUAUCACAAAAGCACAUACAUAUAAACAUGCAGAUACACAGGUACACACAAUGCAAACUCAGUGCACACAAUUACAGUCAUAUGCAAACAAUGGGAAGGAGAGUGAUAACAUAAAGAAAAAUGUAACAUAUAUUUAUUAAAAUGACGAGGGUAUGUGAGUGAGUGUGUCCGCAUGUAUGUGCUUGUGCAUAUGAUCUUGCAAUAUUGUGAUUGCUUCAAGGUUUGUCUUUCCAUUAAAUUUUAUUCAUUUUAGUUUCAUGCUUUUUAGGGUAAUGUAAGAUAUAUUUCAUAUUUAAAACUACUGGCUAUCUCAAUUAGUUGAAAAUAAGCACAAUCCAAAUUAAAACAUUGCACCUUCUAAUGUAAUGGCAAAGAGACCACAUAAGGCAUAGAGUUGGAAAGUAAUCUUAGUUCUAUCUCAGAAGGAUGGAAAGUAAAGCUUCAGAAGGUUCAGAAUUCCUACCCUCUUUACGGACUCUUUUUCAUUAUAACUAGCUAUCUUUGCUAGGUGUUGAAAUCCUCUUAGUUUGCUGGUACUUUUCUUGCAUGUCAAAGGAAACAGGUAGUGAUUGAUAGGCCCCAUUACUUAAGUGCACUUGACCUGGUAUGGUUAUUGUUAGCACUUUCUGAGUGUCUUCUGAUGUGUGUGAUGCAUCAUUUUUUCUCUUUUUUAAGGUUAUAAGUUACCAGACUAAAGAUGAAAGUAUAUUUUAUUUAUGUUGUGUAAGGCAUUCAUUUUUGUUAAUAUGUUGCCAAUAUAUCAUUCUUUAAUCAUGUGAUAAGUGCUUUUUUUGACACAGACAACUUGUUUACCUUAUUUUGAUGCCAAGCAGUGUCAUGAAGUGUAUUAUUGUGAAAUUUAACAAAACACGUUUAUACCUAUGGGAAUUAAAAUUUCAUUUAAGUGUCCUCUGGGUUCACUUGAAUUUAAUUUAAAAAGGCUUACAUGUAUGAUUUUUUAAUUAGGAAAGAUUGUCAGUGGCCUGUGUUUCAGCAGAUAGUCAUGUUUUCCAGAAUUGUGUUGUAAAGAUGUGAAAUGUGAAUGGGUUGGUAUACAUGAAUAUUUUUAAGAUGAAAUAGUGCCCUUAAAUGUGUAAAUUGUGAAUAUUCAUUAUUUUUUUAUUAUUUAGAAAAGACAGAACUUGGAACAUUUGAGAUAUUACAGAUUCUUUAAUUAUGGUAAUAUACUUUGGCCAUGGUUAAUGAAGCUUUUAUAUUUACUUGCAUAUAAAAAAUGAUGUUGAAUUUUUUAAACAAGAUUUUUGAAAUUAUCAGUUAUUUAUUUUGUGUUUUGCACUAAUUUUAUCAGAAUGAAUGCAAAUGAAUCAUAUUUGAAAAUCUGCUUAAUGAUACAUGAUACAUAUCUUAUUAGACCUAAAACAAAGUAAAACUUUUGAUAAAUGGAUAUUCAGGAAAUAUUUUGUAUGAACAACAUACAUGCUGGCAGUACAGCUUUUGACUAAUUGUCUGCAAGCAUUUCUGUGAUAGGGUCAGAGGAGUCACUAAAAAGUUUUUUUCAGCAAUGAACUAGCUAGUGCAGGUUGAGAGCUACACUGGCAUUUUGCCAGUGUUUGUUAAAUAAAUGAAAUGUCUUGUACAUGCCCUGCAAGAAGGAUGGGAUAUUCUUAAAUGUGUUUAGAAGCUCAUUGUGUUUGUAGACCAUCCAUGUUCCUUAUCUGUGAGUCUGAAGUUUUACAGUGGCAAAUGUGUUUUGACUGCCUGAUAUUGAAUGGCCAUGGUUACAUCCUGCUUCUUUGACUUUUUUUUAUGUCUUUUUAUCAACAUUUUUCAUUGCUUUUUUUCUAGGGUAAAUUAUUUAUCACAGUUUCUUUCCUAAUAUUUUAUAUAUAGUUUUAAUUGUAUCCAAUUACGGUAUUUGUAGUACUGAAUAAUGAAGUUGAUCUUUGCUACGUUUACAGAAUCCCAGAAAAAGACAAUGUUCAGUGUUGAAGGUGAUGCAGAGUAAUUUCUUUCCCUAUAUUAUGGGUUCUAUUCCUUCAGCAAGUGAUUGUCAGUAUAAAUGUUUUUUUGUGCACAAAUGUUUGUGAGGCUGGAAAGUUGUCAGUGCGUGGAUGAAUAUUUUAAAACAUGGGCUAGUGAAGCGUUAGUUGUAACAACAUGGUUGCACUGAGAAGUGAGAUCCCCAACAGGUUUAUUUGCAGGACAUAAAAAGCUGGAGUGAGUAGUACAUUAGCGUUGGUAAUUUUCCUAAAAAGCGUCUGCUACAAAGAGAAGGACCUUGGUGUAAGUUCAAUCACAUUUAAUCCUAAUUUCUCUGAAUGUGCUACAGAGGUUUGCUAAUAAAUACAAAAAUCUUUAUGUGCAAUAAAUAGAAAAGCUAUAACCAGCCUUAGAGUUUGCCAAGUGGGGAUAGAAGUAAAAUGAUUAUGUAGUAUGAUAAUUUGGGAUGACUGGAAAAGAUGCAAUGAAAACUUGGCAGUAUUAUCAGUAGUAGCAUAUCAGUCAGGGGGCACUGCUCAGUGAAGUUACCUUUGUGAUCUCAGGCAGGGGUCAGGACAUGUAUGACAGUAUUAUGACAAAUUUGAAGACAAAAAACAGUACUCUUUGCUAAAUGUUUUUUGCUUAGGUAGAACCUUAAUUAAAAUUAUUUCUUCCUUGCCAGUGCUUUGUCAGCUGAUCAUAUUUUGCUAAUAUUGUUAUGAACAUGUAUAAGCAAGAAACGGUAUGUUGUCAGCCAAGUUCUAGCCUGGCCCUACGUGUCCUGACUGCCUCCACGUUGUACGCUCUCCAGCUCGUGCUAGCAUACCAGUCCCAUCUUUGAUAUGUAUUCAUAUGUUCUUAAAUAAAAUAUACAAUGUC